UUACGUCAUAUGUAAUCAGCUGAUAUUGCCGCUCAAAACAUUAACAUGUCGCUGGCGAAUCCUUUUCGUGCCGUAUUUCGUCUACCAAGUCGAAAUCAACGCGUCAAUUGGUUUCCAGGCCACAUGACCAAGGGCGUGCGACAAAUACAACAGAAGCUACGCAGCGUCGAUUGCAUUGUUGAAGUACACGAUGCCCGCAUUCCUCUAGCAGGUCGGAAUUCUCAAUUCUUUGACACAAUAACAGGGAACGGCGUAAAACCACAUAUAUUAGUCCUGAAUAAGGUAGACCUCAUAGGGACCAAGCAACAACGCGGUAUCCUCAAGCAGCUACGAACACAGCAGCCCGAACUGAGAAACAUUCUCUUCACUAACUGCAAAGAUCAGCGGAAUACCGGCGUAUUGGACAUACUGCCAUUGGCAACUAAGUUGGUGGCAGAAAGUAGUAGAUUCAAUAGAGCACAUAGUGCCGAGCACAACAUUAUGAUUAUUGGUGUGCCCAAUGUGGGUAAGAGCAGCAUAAUCAACGUACUGCGAAAUGUGCAUCUCAAGAAACGCAGCGCGGCACGCGUCGGCGCCGAGGCCGGUAUCACUCGAGCCGUCGGCGAGCGCAUUAAAAUCCAAGAACAGCCUUUGGUCUAUAUGAUUGAUACACCCGGCAUACUGCAGCCGUCUGUUACCGACGACGAAAUGGGCAUGAAAUUGGCACUGGUUGGCUGUGUACCCGAUCACAUCGUGGGCGAAGAUCUGAUAGCCGACUAUCUGCUGUAUUGGCUGAAUAAACAUAGGCGCUACGAGUACGUCGAAAAACUGGGUCUAACCUCCGGUCCCAGUGAUAAUAUAAGCGCCGUUCUUGCAGAAUAUGCACAGCAGCAGGCGAUGUUCCACCGUGUAAAGCAAUACAAUGGACAGGUGGAGGUGAUGACAAAUUUAUUGGCCGCCGCGCGAAAAUUUAUCAGCUUCUUUCGCACUGGACAGCUGGGGUCUAUUAAUCUAGACGAAGAAUGUACUUAGCAUAUUUAAAUGGAGUUCCUUACAAUAUAGUUACAAAGUUUCUUUAA